AUGCAACCCUGGCUGCUCAUGAUUGGUUGCCGCGUCGUGAAUUCCAUUUGCGAACCGGGUGGAAUCGUGGGGCCUCUUUUUCUCUCUCUCUUCCUCGGGGAAGGAAGUCGACCUUCGGAGAGUGUUGGGCAUUCCCACUUUUUACCUGCCCCUGCCCGCCCCCCGUUCCAUACUGCGCUGGUUGGGGCCUCUUUUUUUCUCAAUUUUCUCAUUCUUCUAUUGCAUUUGCUGCUGCUGCAGCUUCCCUGGCAGAUGCAGACGUACGGAUACAUAUGCGGACGACAUGGUCUUUUUGGCCCAAUUCAGAACCUUUGCGAUCGGAUACCACGCUCGAGGUGA